AUGGCGUACUACUACGACGACCGCAACUACACCCCGCGCGACCGCCGUGCCCCCCGCCCGAUGAGCUACGCCGAUCCCUACGACGAGCCCCGGGUCUACUCUUCGCGGUACGAGAGGGAAGUCUACCCCCGUCGUGGGAGUGAUGAAUCCAUCGAGGAAGUGCAGCGCGACUUUCCCCCCGGCGAGGAGUAUGUCUACGAGCGUACUUCCCGCCGCCCCAGACGACCGGUCUACGAGCAUGUCCGCCGGGCGUCGUCGGUUGGCGCUUCCGACCCCUAUUCCGAUGCUGCAUACUAUCGCUCCCGUACCCGAAGGACCAGAGAUAGUGAUGAUCGACGUCGUCGCUCUAGAUACUCCCCCUCUUCGUCACCCAGUCGCUCGCCGCCACGUAACAGCCGCCGGAAGUCCCUGGGUGAGCAAGCUCUCGGUGCCCUAGGCAUUGGUGCUGCUGCCGCUCGAAGUCGUGGAGACCGUGACCGUGAUCGUGGUCGAAGACGCUCGUAUUCCCAUUCCCACCGGCGCGGCCGGUCCGAAUCUUCGUCGUCCCGCUCUCGCAGUCGGGACCGAGGCCGUGGAGACCGUGGCAAAAGCCAACAGCGCAUUGCCCAGGCUGCUCAAGCCGCACUGACUGCCGGUGCCAUCGAAGCCUUCCGCCAGCGCAAAGAGCCAGGCGAUUGGAGAGGAGCCAAAGGAAAGCGUAUCCUCACGGCCGCUGUCACUGCUGGUGGUACCGAUGGCUUCGUCGAUAAAGACCCAAAUAAACAUGGAACACGCCAUAUUAUCGAGUCCACCCUGACAGGCCUCGCGGCCAACCGGUUAAUGAACGGUUCACGCUCGCAAUCCCGUGGCCGUAACGGCGGCGGUCGCGGUCGUUCGUCCAGCGGGCUCAAGGGCCUCGCGGCCUCUGGUGCUUUGGCUGCCGCAGGCAAACACAUCUAUGACCAUGUUUCUCGAUCUCGGUCGCGAGCCCGCGGCCGACGAGAUGACGACAGUGGCAGUGACGAUGACAAGCGUGGAUCACAUAAGCGCAGCAAGAGUGUCUCCGACUACAUCGAAAAAGGUAUCGCCGCCUUGGGACUUGGGGGAGCUGCGGGAGCUGCGGGAGCAGAGCGCGACAACGAUCGUCACCGGGAGCGGCGCAACCGGCGCAGCGCACGAGACGAUUCAUAUUCCGAUUCCGAUGGAGACAGCGACUACGGCAGGGAUUCGAGACGGAGCAGGGGUUCACGAGAUGUAGGUCGAGUUCGUUCUUCGGGCGGCACAAAUCCACCCCCCACCGCACCUGCCAGCUCGUCCUACGGUGCAGACGGCACGAGGGACAGGGCACGAGGAGGAAAUGAGUCUAGCUCGGAUAGUUGUUCUGACCUCGGCGACAGUUCAGAUGAAAAGCAGGCGCGAAAGAAAAUGAGGCGGGAUAUGCUGCUGACGUCGGGGUUGGCGAGCGUGGCCACCAUACACGCCGCGCAUUCGGUCUACAAUCGGUAUGAUAAACGGAAGAAACGCAUGCAGCAGUUGGAAUCCGGCGAGAUCACGGCGGAAGAGGCGCGUAAGCGCAAGAUGAAGGCGAAUGUUAUGGACACCGUUGGUGUUGGUCUUGCCGCCCUCGGUAUUAAGGGUGCCUACGGGGAGUGGAAGGAGGUUCAUGAGAAGCGUAAGGAGAAAAAUGAAUUCCAGGAGAAGUGUGCUGAGCGUGCGCGGAAGCGGGAGAUGCGCCGUUCACGCAGCCAGGGCGCUAUUCCAUCUCGACGACGCCGCUGGCCCGAUGAGAUCGAGUCGGCCCAUGGUUCGAACAACACACUGAACUAUCGUGAUGGGAAUCCCUACAGUGCUCGGUCCACGGCUCAGAUAUCCUAUUGA